UACAUGUUUACUUUUAGGCUAAAACUUGUCGCGCCAUUCUGAAUUAGUGUGCCGUAGCCGUAGGUCAAAGUAUUUAAUAAAAAUUGUUGAUUUUGUGAACCUCUAGAACUUUUACUUCUGAGCCAUAGUUGGAAUUCAGUCAAAGGGUGACUUGAAAAAUCAUGCCACAGAAACAUACGAAGAAAGUGCUCUAGCCGCAAUUAGAGAUGGGAUGUCCUAUUCCGAGGCUUCUCAAACAUAUAACAUUCCUUUGGUGACCCUAUGGAGGAAGAUUAAGAAUAAACACCCGAAAAAGUUUGGGGGACAACCUGUUUCAAGUAAAAGAGAAGAAAAUGCCGUUGUAGCAGCUGUUGUUACGGCGGCAGAAUGGGGCUAUCCAUAUGAGAAGAAGGAUAUAAAAUUAUUAGUUAAAAACUACUUGGAUCGAGCCGGCAAACAGGUGACCAAGCUUUCUAAUCUCAUGCCUGGGAAAGAUUGGUGCACGGACUUUCUUACAAGGCAUAAAGAUGUAUUAAAGGUUCGCUGAAAAUAUAAAAAGAUCUAGGGCAGGUGUAUCAAGAAAAGUUUUAUAUGAAUAUUUUGAUAAAUUGUAAGUUUCUCUCAAAGACGUACCACCAGAGAAUUUAAUAAACUAUGACGAAACAAAUUUUGUUGUUCAUCCCGGAAGGCCUAAAGUUGUUAUAAGAAAAAACUAUGAAGCACGCAGGGAAAGUUUGUGAUUCCACCAAGUCUGCCCACUCAGUCAUGUUCUCUGUAACAGCGGCUGGACUUUUGUUACCUCAAUACGUUGUCUACAAAUCUGAAAAUGUGUGGUCUACUUGGACUCAAAGUGGCCCUGAAGGUUGUAUUUACAACCGCAGCAAGUCUGGGUGGUGCUAUCAAAGUUUGUUUGAGGAUUGGUUCUUUAACAUCAUUGUUCCUUAUUAUAGACAUCUAGAUGGCCCAAAAGCUAUCAUUGGGGACAAUCUAGCAAGUCAUGUGUCAGAGGCUGUAAUAAAAAAAUGCAAGGAAGAAAAUAUUAGAUUCAUUUUCUUACCAGCAAACAGUACCCAUUUGACACAAUCCCCUGAUGUGUCCUGCUUCAGACCAAUCAAGAUUGCUUGGCGACAGCAGCUAAAAAAAUGGAAAAUGUCAAAUCCAGGUGUGCUACAGAAAGAUCAUUUUCCCCGAGUUCUGAAUAGGACAAUCAAAUCGAUUGCUCUCACAGUUGGUAAAAAUAUAAAAUCUGGAUUUGAGGCUACAGGUUUAUAUCCGCUUAACCGAGAAAAGGUCCUUGUUAAAGUCCCAGACGACAAUGAGACUGACGCCAAUAAUAGUGUAACAUCAUUAGUUGCAGAGUCAGUUACAUCUCUUUUUAAGGAAUCCAGAUUUAAAGAACCGCGAGCCAAACAAAUCAACCGUAAGAAAUUGGUAGUGGCGCCCGGAGAAAGCGUUACAGAUCAAAAGAUUUCAAGCUGUUCGGAAUCGAAAAAAGAAACUAUAAUCGAGCCAGAAGAAGAUAUAUUGUCAAAUAAAGGAUCAGAGGAACUUGAAGAUAUUGAGCUGCCUUGCUUUGUAAACCCAGUACAAGAAAAAAAAAUUAACUCGGAAAAAAAAUCGAGAAAGCGCAAAUCGCUCUAGACAACUUGGUAGAAGGGGACUUCAUCUUGGCAGAGUUUACUACACUAAAGAAAAAGCAACAAAGAUAUCUGGCAAAAAUAAUGGAAGUAGACCAAAGAUUUAUACAUUGGGGCCUUAUAUUAUAUCUUAGGCCUUCUGAAAAAAUCAAAGAUGCCUUUGUUUUUCCCCUUAAGCCAGAUAUUAGUGACAUUACUAUGAGGCAGGUGAUCAGGAAGUUUGAGCGUCCUGAAGAGUUAAGGAGAGGAGCACUAAAAAUGUAAAAUUUUUUUAAAAACAAUGUUAAAUUAGAAUAGUGUUUAAGCUAUAUUUAGUUUAUAUUUUUUAUAUAAAAUAAUGUUUUAUAAUUGGUACAACCAAAGAAAUUAGUUUUAAUUAACUAAUUUUGUUUCGAUACACCCUUUAGAGCGGGUGACUUUCAUUUUAAACGACUUUAAAUCCCAUUUUUCAAGACACCCGUAUUGCGGGUGACUUGAAAUUUUCUGUUUAUUUUUUUUUUUGAAAACUAAAAGAAAUUUGAAAGUUUUUUCCGAUGUAUAUAUUCCCCAAACUUAUGUGCAAGUUUUCCAUAUUUUUUUGCAAACCAAUUUUUUAUUCUGUGUCUCGUAUCAAGUCACCCGCAUUGACGGUAUAUUGGCAAGUGUGACCAUAUUAAAUCGGCACAAUAAAAAUCCAAAAAAAGUAGAUUGGAAUGAAGCAAAAAAAGUGUAAGAGGGUGGGUAUUAUUACAACCGAUAGUUGGAAAAAAUCCAUACAUGUUUUAAAGAUAGAAAAUUCUUACGCGUCUAUAAAUACCUAACAAUGUUCAGCCCUUAUUAAUCAGUUUAGACAAUGAUAGUAACAGUGAAACAGAAUUAAAUAUAGACUAAGGUAGAAUAAUUUAUUAAACAGUGCUUGAAUUUAUAAGAAAUAGUUGUAUUCUAUAUUAUGCUCCUAUUUUUUUUCCGAUUUUAUUAUUAAUUUUAUUUACUCUUAUAUACUUAUAUAAAUAAAUAUUUAUUAAAAUUUAUAACGUUGAUCUUUAAGUAUCUCGGUUCAAUAGUUUUGCCCUACCU